CGAAAUCGGCUGUACGUUCGUCGUUGCCGCUGCUGCAGGUUGCACCCCCAAACCACCCAAACCAUAGAGAAAGGAAUACGUUCAUGCCCAAACGCUGCUGCUUUCGCAAUGGGGGACGGGCAAAGGAACGGUACUGCGACACCUGUUGCAUCUGUCACACGGAUUGAAUCCUUCAGCGCUUCGCAUCGUUUGCACAGUCGGAGACUGCUCCGUUCCAAAAGAAAUAGAAGAUUGCUGCCCUCCGAUCACUCUGGCACUGGUUACUCGGAGCUGCCAGCCAAUGCCUUUCGGAUGCUGAAAAUGCUGCCAUUUUCGGAAAAUGCAACAACCCAAAUGGUCAUGGUCACAACUAUAAACGUUAAUCACAGGGUAUGUCUCAUUUCAGUGGAGGUUACAGUCACCGGCCCUGUAGACAGAGACACAGGAAUGGUAAUUAACAUCACAGACCUCAAGAAGUACAUACAGAGUGAAGUGAUGGAUGCUCUUGAUCACAAGAAUCUUGACAAGGAUGUGCCAUAUUUUGAAAAAGCAGUCAGCACAACAGAAAACGUAGCAGUGUUUGUGUGGCAGCAGCUGUCCAAGGUACUUCCCAGGAAGCUGCAGCUUCGUGUACGGUUGCACGAAACUGACAAGAACGUAGUUACAUAUGAAGGACUGUGAAGCUGUCAGCGCACUUGUGUCGUGCUGCAUACCUAUUUGCUGGCAUGGCUGCCAUGGAUGGAAAUAGUUUCAUGCCAGAGCAUUGGGAGCAUGAGAACUCCAUAUACCCGCCAUUAUACUGGAAUUCCGCUGGUCACAUGUUUCCGCUGAAUUCCGCUGGUCACAUGUUUGGUCACACAUUUAGCUCAAUAGGCAGUGCUACACCCAAUGUUUCCUAUGGCAGAGGCCAGGAGCAAAAUAAUAAAUUACAAACGAAACAGUGUUGGUGACAUCACUUCCUUUUGCAAAGGAUGAAAGGGUGGUUUGUGCCGCACCGUCCAUGCUGCAAAUUACUCUGCUGGUUUUGCUGUUAUGCACCUACUGUAGGUUUGUUUGUGAGAUUUUUUCAAGUUUAUUCACAUUGCCAUAGAGCAUGAAAAUCAAGCACACCUCAAGCUACUUAGGAGCAUUAAAAAUGAAUUACAUUUAUGCACAUAACAAUGAACCAGUACAAACAGCUAAGUAUAUAUGUGCUGAAACAUCAGACCUCAACAUUCUAUUAUGCUUGUUGCUCUCACGCACCGUAUUACUUUGUUUACGUGCAAGGCUACAGACCAAUUUUGUCAAACAACCAUCAACUGUGAAGCAGAACGAUUCCACGAGAGAUUGAACAUGCGUGUCUGCUUGGUAUAUUUGUUUUGUCUGGUUUUUUUAUAUAUCAUGUAGGAAUGUUCGAACUGCACAGAACCAAAAAUUUUAUUCCUGAGAAGCGUUCCCAGCAAGCCCCAAAAAAUACUUGAAGGUGGCGACAUGAGCACCCUUCUGUUACUUCCUGCAAUAUUUUCCGAUUUCACGGCCAAAUUAAAUGCAAACUAAAAACGUGUCGCAAAAACUCCUCUACUCAUUUUAAUAAACUUCACAGUAAAUUAGUUCCAUGCGUUCUUUUUUACGCUGUCUGCAAAGGAAAAUAUUUUAAAAAUUUCUAAACAUGGUCCAAAUAAAAGAAAGAUUUGUAACUUU